GACUGAGUUUACCCUAAAAGAAAUCAUGUCAUCAGGAGGAGCUGAAGAUGAUAUUCCUCAAGCAGAGAGGAAAACAGUGACAGACUUUUGCUACUUAUUGGACAAGUCUAAGCAGCUGUUCAAUGGCUUAAGGGAUUUACCUCAGUACGGACAGAAGCAGUGGCAAUCCUAUUUCGGGCGAACAUUUGAUGUUUACACCAAGCUCUGGAAGUUCCAACAGCAGCACCGACAAGUAUUGGACAAUCGGUAUGGGUUGAAGAGGUGGCAAAUUGGGGAAAUUGCUUCCAAGAUUGGGCAGCUCUAUUACCAUUAUUACCUGCGCACCUCGGAAACCAGCUAUCUCAACGAGGCGUUCUCCUUCUACUCAGCCAUUAGGCAGAGGUCAUACUACUCCCAAGUCAACAAAGAAGACAGGCCCGAGCUGGUGGUUAAGAAGCUGCGUUACUAUGCAAGGUUCAUAGUGGUUUGUCUCCUUCUCAACAAAAUGGAUGUGGUGAAGGACCUCGUGAAGGAGCUGUCGGAUGAAAUUGAGGACUACACUCAUCGCUUUAACACUGAAGAUCAGGUGGAGUGGAACCUGGUUCUUCAGGAAGUGGCAGCGUUUAUUGAGGCAGACCCUGUCAUGGUCCUGAAUGAUGACAACACCAUCGUGAUCACCUCUAACAGGCUCUCAGAGACAGGAGCACCCUUGCUGGAGCAGGGCAUGAUAGUGGGACAGCUUGCUCUUGCAGAUGCCCUGAUCAUUGGGAACUGCAACAACCAGGUGAAGUUCAGUGAAUUGACCAUCGACAUGUUCCGAAUGCUGCAGGCUCUGGAGAGAGAACCAAUGAACUUAGCCACACAGAUGAACAAACCUGGAAUGCAGGAGUCGACAGAGAAACCAGCCAGGAGGGAAAACCCCCACAAGUACCUACUCUACAAACCAACUUUUAGCCAGCUCUAUACAUUUUUAGCAGCAUCAUUUAAGGAGCUGCCUGCAAACAGUGUGCUGCUGAUCUACCUGUCUGCCACGGGCGUGUUUCCAUCAGGUCGUUCGGAUAGUGAAGGUCCCUAUGACUUUGGAGGUGUUCUGACCAACAGCAACCGCGACAUUAUCAACGGGGACGCGAUCCACAAGCGGAACCAGUCCUACAAGGAGAUGCACUGCCUUCACCCUGGAGAUCUGUACCCUUUCACCAGGAAGCCCUUGUUCAUCAUUGUGGACUCCUCCAACAGCGUCGCCUACAAGAAUUUCACAAACUUAUUUGGACAGCCCUUGGUGUGCUUGCUUUCUCCAACAGCAUAUCCAAAAGCAUUGCAAGAUCAGUCCCAGCGGGGCAGCCUCUUCACACUAGGGUUGUGGGAGAAGUGCCAGGAUUACCUGCGGAAAAUCAACCGGGACAUUGCGCAGCUGCUGACCCACUCCCGCUCCAUAGAUCAGUCCUUCCUUCAGUUUUUCGGGGAUGAAUUUCUUCGCUUGCUUCUCACAAGAUUUAUCUUCUGUUCGGCGACAAUGAGGAUGCACAAAAUCUUCCGGGAGACGCGAAAUUAUCCUGAAUCUUAUCCUCAGCUGCCAAGAGACGAAACGGUGGAAAACCCUCACCUCCAAAAGCACAUAUUGGAGCUGGCUUCCAUACUGGAUGUCAGGAAUGUUUUCCUGGAAAACACCCUUGAUGACUAUUGA